AUGCCACACAGCUCCCAGCUGGCAGAACUGAGAUUUGAACGCUGCUAUUUGCCUAACCCAGAGCCAGAGCUCUCCAACUCCGAGCUAUGCUGCCUCAGUCAGAACCAGCUCCCCAUCUUCUGGGCCCCGUCGCCCUCUCCGCUCAUCUCCCAAGCCUGGCUGGGGGAGUGGGUGGGUGACCGGUCCCCGAAGAGCCAUGUGAACAGGGCCUUUAAGGAUCACACAAACGCGAUCACCUACUCAGACCCUCCAAGGAGUGUGGCCAGUCCCCCACCGCUCACUCCUUCACGACGGCCCAAAGAGGCGCGUUCUGCGGGAUGCCCCUUCUCCAAACCGAGGCUCAGCGAGACAGGCCACUUGUCCCAGGUCGCCCAGCAGCCGGCUGAGCGCCACUGUCCGGGGGCCACCACUGCGGCGGGGACGGAGGCGCGGGGGCGCGGGGCGCGCAGGGCAGCAGGGCGCGCGGGGCGCGCUUGGCCCGCCCCGCCCCGCGCCCCUCCUCCCGCUCCGCCCGCGCGGGGGGCGGCCCGGCGGCGGCGGCGCACGCUUCCUGCGGGCGCGGCCGCUGUGGGCGCGGAGCUGCGAGGCGGAGCCGGCCGCCGAGCCGGGAGCCCCGAGCCGAGCCGCGCGUCGCUCCAGCCGCCGGGCCGCGCCGCCGCCGAGCAGCCGCCCCGCGCGCCGCCCUCGGGAACAAAGGCGCCCGCCGCCGCCGCCAUGAAGCCGGGGCCACCGCACCGCGCCGGGGCCGCCCGCGGGACAGCCACCGGGGCCGGGAGCGCGGCCGGGCCCGGGGCCCGCGGGCUGCUCCUGCCUCCGCUGCUGCUGCUGCUGCUGGCGGGGCGCGCCGCGGCGGCUCAGCGCUGGCGCAGUGAGAACUUUGAGAGGCCCGUGGACCUCGAGGGCUCCGGGGACGACGACCCCUUCCCGGAUGAUGAGCUGGACGACCUCUACUCGGGGUCGGGCUCGGGCUACUUCGAGCAGGAGUCGGGCCUUGAGACAGCCAUGCGGUUCAGCCCAGAUGUGGCCCUGGCAGUGUCCACCACACCUGCUGUGCUGCCCACCAUGGACAUCCAGCCCGUGGGCACCCCAUUUGAAGAGCUCCCCGCUGAGCGCCCCACCCCAGAGCCAGCCACCAGGCCCCCAGUGGUGACAGAGGUCCCAGAAGAGCCCAGCCAGAGAGCCACCACCAUCUCCACUCCCACGGCUACCACUGCUGCCACAACCAUAGGGGCCCCGACGGUGGCCACGGUGCCUGCCACAGUGGCCACCGCUGCCCCCAGCAUCCCUGCGGCUCCCCCUUCCACGGCCACCACCUCUGUUGUAAGGACCACCGGCAUACGGAGGCUUCUGCCUCUUCCACUGACCACGGCAGCCACGGCCCGGUCCACCACCGCAGCGGCGCCCUCACCUCCCACCACGGUGGCUGUCCUGGACACCGAGGCCCCAACACCCAGGCUGGUCAGCACAGCUACCUCCAGACCAAGGGCCCUUCCCAGGCCAGCCACCGCCCAGGAGCCUGACAUCCCUGAGAGGAGCACCCUGCCCCUGAGGACCACUGCCCCUGGACCCACAGAGGUGGCUCAGACGCCAACUCCAGAGUCCUUCCUGACCACCAUCCGGGAUGAGGCAGAGGUGCCGGUGAGCGGGGGUCCCAGCGGGGACUUUGAGCUGCCGGAGGAAGAGACCACGCAGCCAGACAGAGCCAACGAGGUGGUGGCCGUGGGCGGGGCUGCGGCCAAGCCGUCACUUCCACCUGGGACACUGCCCAAGGGUGCCCGCCCAGGUCCUGGCCUCCUGGACAAUGCCAUCGACUCGGGCAGCUCGGCGGCUCAGCUGCCACAGAAGAGCAUCCUGGAGCGGAAGGAGGUGCUCGUAGCUGUGAUUGUGGGUGGGGUGGUUGGCGCCCUCUUCGCCGCCUUCUUGGUCACGCUGCUCAUCUACCGCAUGAAGAAGAAGGACGAGGGCAGCUACACGCUGGAGGAGCCUAAGCAGGCGAGCGUCACGUACCAGAAGCCUGACAAGCAGGAGGAGUUCUAUGCCUAGCGGAGCCACAGUGCCUCCCCGUAGCCUCAGCGCCACCCCUCCGCCCAGUCCCCAGUCCGGCCCCACCAGCUGUGGCCUGGGACUGGGCCUGGGAGGAAGCCUGGCCCCAGUUCAUCUCUGCCUGCCCACCCGAGGUCUGCCCAGACUGCCAGAUCUUCCCCAGGGGACAGGGGGCACUGCCAUCUGCCCCAGACUGUGCCCUUAUGAGCUCAUCUCUUGUCCCCCACCAGCCUGGGGCUUCAGGACCUCAUGUCAGAUGGACAGGAGGAAGGAAGCUCCUGAUUGGCUGGUGGAAGAAGGGGUGGGGCUUGAGCCCCAACCUGGCCCCACAGGGCUGGCUGAGGUCUCCUUUUGGGGGCAGAGAGGCACUCAGGCUGGUUUCCAGGACAAGCAUUUGGCAAGCUCAGCCCUUGAAAUCAUCAGGACACCACAACCUUGCGCUCCUGUCCCAGGGCCCCUCUCUGCCUGGGUGGGAGGGUAUCCCUUGUCACCAGCCUGUUUUAUUCUGGCCUCUCUAGGGUUGUGGGGUCGUUCUCCCCUCACUGCUGCCCGAUACACAUGCACCCACAGGCUUCACCUCCUCCCCAGUCUGCCCCUGAGGAAUUGGCUUCCCAAGGGCGCCCUGGCAGCCACUGGUGAGGAGGAGCUGGGCUGCUUGGACCUCCCUCUCGAGAGUGGACUCUGCACAGACACUGUCUCCCACACGGUCACACAUGUUGUCACACACAGAGACAAAAGCGUGCAAUGACAAAAUCAUACACAACCCUGACUACCCAGCCAAUCAAGACAUGUUACAGACACACACAUUCUUCCAAAGAUGUUUAUUCACACGUGUUUCUCACACGACCCCAAAAGCUUAUGGCAAUGCAAGUCACUAGCCAUCGUCACCCAGUGGUGACAGUGUGGCCUGCCUCCCUCUCUGUCCCCCCUGCCCGCCCCCCCUGCCCGCCGGCACCACACACAUGUCUCCAGCUUUCAGGCUCACUGGGGAGGGUGUAAUCAGGCCGGAACACUCAGCCCAUAUUGGGUCCCCUGAGUUGCCCUGUCACACUCAGUCCUCUCCAUGACACCCACACCAACCACACUGCCACCAAUCCCGGCGUGUCAGACACAAUCCCACCUGGAUGCACAAUCUCACCCCUCACAGCCCCGCUCUCACACUGGAGGAUGACAAGUGGGCCUUUUUCAGAAUAAUAAAGUGUGGUGUGGGGGGCUGUUGCCACAAGCCCCCUCAGGGCACUCCAGCCGGGCCUGGCUUCAGCCCUGCCUGCUUUCCUCCCCUCCGUGGCCUGCAAAGGGGUUGGUUCGGGGCCAGUCCCCAGCCAGCUGGGAGCCUUGCUGAGGAAGGCAGGCCGAUUCCUGGAAUUCGGCCUCGGGCUGGGGAGGGGGCUUGGGCCUCCCGGGGCCAGAGGCCCCGGGUGGGGAGGGAGCCUAUAGUCUGGCUCCUGGUCUCCCUGCAUCCCCCUCCGGCUCUGAGCUGGGGGCUGACUCUGCCUCCCAGGACACAAGUCUCCAAAGUGCCUGUGAGGGUGGGCCUGCCACCUGGGCCCUCUGCACCCUCUCCCCUGGGCCCCAGGCCCACCUCAGCCCCACCCUGGGGGCACCCUGGGCCCUGCCCGAGGACACCUGCCCGCUCAUUUGGCCUAACAACCUGGUGGUUCUCCUGGCUGCAGCUGGACGGAUGGAAGCUGGGAGCAGCGCAUCCAGCCGCACUGCCCCAGGAGGGGGGCUGAGAGCGGGGGCGCGGGGGUGUCAUAGGCCCUGGCCCGCCUCCCCCUUCUUUGCUACCUUUGCAAGUGGGGUCACUUCCGUAGAUAUUUUACUUGUGGGGUCACAACACAUUUUGGGGGAUGUACUUAGCGGGGGCCCUUGGAGCCAAGGCAUAUGGUCUGAGUUGUCGUCAGCUGGGGCUCACACCCCCACCCCUCACCCGCAACCCAGAUGAAAGUCAGGAACCCAGGUUUUAUUUCUGUUCCCUUUUCAAGACUGCCUGGCACCAGACUUCUGCAGGGUGAGGGGUGGGUGGUGAGGGUGAGGUUCCAGGAAGCUUCCACGGCCUGUCUUUUCCACCAUCCUACUUCCAGGCUGGGGCUCCAUCUUUCAGACCCCAUGCGCCUCCUGGCAGGGCCUGGAGUCUUGUGAGGGACCUAGCUGGCCCCAGCCUUUGGGAGGGUGGGAGUGGGAGGAGGCAUCCCGGGUCCACCGUCCGUUGGAGGUGACCUGGCCUCAGUCAUCCCUGGAGCAGAAGGGCUGGGGGAGGGGGAGACCAAAGUCCCAGUCUCCCUCUCCCCUGCUCCCUGGCGGGCUGCUGCCUUGGGGACAGCAGCUCUGGUGAGAAGGCCUGGGCAGGCCAAGGCUGAGAAACCAGGAAACGUGGAGGAGAGAGGACCUGGGGGGCAGCCCAGGGAAGCCCAGGGAUGCUGGGAUGGGGGUAGGAGACCCAGCAGUGGGUGCAGCUUCUGUCCGGGGCUGGAGCCCGUGGUGAGGGCGAGUCCAGCACAGGAUGGACGAGCUGAGUUUAGGCUGACUGGAGUGGCCUGCAUGGGUCCAGCCUGGACCCAUGAGAGCGAGGUCGGUUCCAAGGGCAAGCUGGUGCUCUCUGAGGUGCAAUGUGGGUGCGGGGCCAUACCCUGCCUGGGCACAUGGUGUGAUGCAUGCAGGGCCUGCCCAAAUAGGUCCCCAGACACCCCAGUGCUCCUGGGGAGGGGGUCCUACAGGGCCCUGGCAUUUCCUGGAAGCACGGCCAAUUCCAAAGGAGAAGGAGCUUGUAUAGCUUGAGAAUCUCUCUGGGGCCUUGGCUACCAGAGAACACGAGGCAGGCUGGGGCCUAGGAAGUUGGGGGUUGGGCCCACCCCCCAGCUGUGACUUCUAGAGCCCAGGUUGUCUCCCCAGGGGAGCACAAGGGAUACCGUUCCCGAAAGGCUGGUGCCCCUGUUCGCUGGAGGCGGGUGGAUGGUGGGCAGGGCUGGGACAGGCAGGUCUGCGGGCAGUGGCGUGCAGUGCUCAGGCUGGAGCCCCCUGGGGUUGGCAGAGCCAUCUGUCCGGGCUUCUAGGCUGGGGCCCUGGGCACAGGGAGCAGACUCAUCUCUGCCUCUUGGGGUGGGCGUGGCCACCACCUCCUCGGCUCUCCUGAAUUUCUUCUGACAGCCACCACCCUGGACUUGCUUCCCUGGCCUCCAGCCUGUAAAUAGAAGCCCACCGAGUGUAUACAGAUUUACAGAGACGCCGAGACUGGGCCCCAGCGUCGCCAUCUAAGGACCGAUGGCCCCGGCAUCUCCCAGGUGCUGACCUGGCAGCUCCAAGCCCCUGGCCCCAGCGUGGUGAAUGCAUGUAAAUAUUUUUCGUAGGCAGCGUGGCUCCAGAGAGCCCCGUGAAGACAGUGUCCCUUCUGUGCGUCCUUUCUCCUGUACAGAGCCCUCCAAGAACCCAACCUGGGGUGGGUGGGAGUUUGUCCUUCCCUCGCCCAGACCUUCCCUGCCCUCUCUCUCCCCAUAACUUGUUUAUUAACCAUACCUGUCCAGAGUUCACGGCCAAAACUUUAAAUAAGGUAAAGCGGAGGAAAAAGACUGAAAAAGAGACCCAGGUGCCUGUCUCGCUGUGGGGACACACCUGUCCCAGCCUUGUGAAGGAACUGUUUGGGUUUGUUUUUGUUUUUUGUUUGAUUGUUUUUUUUUUCUUUUUUAACACUUCCCGUGCUGUGCCCAUUUAUAAGAGAAAAUAAAAUUAAGCUGAAAUGA